AUGUAUAACUUCUACAUUUGCUGGCUUUAUGUUAAUUACCUUAAAAGCCAUGUUGUUAUGGGCCUCAUGUACAAAUGUGGUACCAGAAUAUAUGUUGACAGCACUUGUGUCAACGAGGAGCCCAAGGCGCUACGCGCUGCCACCGUCAAUGGUACUUCAGUUUACCCGCUUUUCAGCCCCAAGACCUGGAAGGGCGAGUUGUACGGCAUGAUGACGUUCCGCCGCCUGAGCGAUAUCUUUCCCACACACACCUCCGGUGGCUUGUACAUCUGCUUGGAGCUUGAGAACAUUUUCCAGAGCAACUUCCGGAUGGAACGCGACUCCUUUGCGGACCUCUGCAGCACACUCCGGCCCAGGCUCCAGCGCAGCGUGACCCGCUUCAGAGACCCCAUCUCUGUUGAGCAGCAGGUGGCAGUCACCCUCCACCACCUUGCUCACGGUGGAAGCUACCAUAACUUGGAGAACCUGUUCGCUAUUGGACACUCUCCGGCCUGCAAAGUCGUCCAAUGGUUCUCCUAGGCCAUCAUAGAAAUGUUUGGGGAUCUUGUCGGGGCACCUGAUGCGGCCAGGAUGGCCGCAAUCAUGGAGGAGUUUGCAGUGGAUGGAAUGCCAGGAUGCGUUGGGGCCAUUGACGGCACGCAUUUUCCAAUCACCCAACCUGCAGGUGUUCUAUGCUAUGAGGAUUACUAUUGUGUCUGCAGGGGGUCUUGCAUGCUCAACACUCAGGCUGUUUGUGACAGGUCUGGUUUCUUCUGGGACGUG